AAGGUGUCGAGUUCGCUAAAGUUCCUCUCUUGUGGUUGGCUGUGUGGGAGCUGGUUGAAUGGUCUUCUGCAUGUUCAAUCUGGAUUUGCCACGCCGCCACGAUGGGAUCGCAGAAGAAGAAAGCGAUCAAGUUCAUCAAGAAGGGCAACCUGAAGCACAAGAUUGCGAAGCGCAAUGAGAAGAAGCGCUUCAAUGCAAAGAAGGACAAGAAGGCUGGUGAAAAGCCGGCCAAGAAAGCGGUCACUGCCACCGCGCCGGCGCGCAACGGCGACGACGACACCGACAUGCUUGACGACAUGGACGUCGACGAUUUCCUGAACGGCGACUUUUUGGACGAAGACGAUGACGACAACGAACAAAACGAUGGGGCGAACGAUGACGCCGCCGAUAGCGACCACGACGACGCUGACGACGGCGAGUCCUCGGAAGAAGAAGACGAAUCCGCUCUGGAUCCUCGAUACAUGUCUGUGAUGCCGGAAGACGACAAGUCCGACGAUGAUGAGAACGGAGGUGCUCCGGAAGAAGGCGGCGCUUCCCGCCGAGAACUCACCAUGGAAAAGCUGACGUCGAUCGAGAAAGCAUGCGCCGCGUCCAAGUCGAUCGCGUCGCUACGCCCUCUCCUUCAGAUCUUUUCGGAUGCGUGCCGCAGUGCUGACGCAGGCAUCAAAGCUGGCGUGAAGAAGACUCCGUACGACAUUCGAUCCAGCGCCGUCUACAACCGGCUGAUGGUGGCCGUGUUCACACACACGCAGGCGGCGCUUCGCGCGUACUUCAACCUCCCCGCGGACGACAAGGACACGACCGUGUCGCUGGACACGAAGAAGUGGACCAAGAUCAGCAUGACCGUUCGCAGGUUCUUCCACUGCUGUGUGUACUUGAUCCAGGAGACAACAUCCGAGGACAUUCACCGCUUUGUGCUGCGCAGCUUGAAUGCGUUCCUCCGGUACGCUGCGCCGUGCCUCAAGACGUCCCGCAAGCUGCUCAAGUGCUUUGUGUCCGUGUGGGGCAAGUCCCUCGACACGACCGUGUGCAUGCUCGCGUUCGUCCGGAUCCGCGAACUCGCGACGCUCGUUCCGUUCCCGUUCCUCGAAACGUGCUUGAAAGCGCUGUACUUGGCCUACAUGCGCAACGUCAAGUUCACGAACGGCGUCAACUUCCAGCACCACAUCGUGAUGGGCAACUGCAUGGUGGAGCUCUACGGCCUCGACCUUGUGUCGUCGUAUCAGCACGUGUUUAUCUAUAUUCGCCAGCUCGCCAUGACGAUCCGAAAGGCGAUCGCGGCGCCGUCCGCCGACGUCCUCAAAGGCAUCUUGACGUGGCGCUUUGUGAACUGCCUUAAGGUGUGGGCCGCGGUCGUGUCGGCGUACCCUGGGCUCAAAGCGUUGGUGUACCCGCUCACCCAACUCACACUCGCGACCAUUCGUUUGGCCAGCAUUGCCAGAUACGUCCCGUUGAAGUUUCAAUGCGUCAAGAUCUUGCAACAAAUCGCGCUGGGAACGCACACGUUCAUUCCCACGACCCCCAUCCUCCUUGACAUCCUCCAGUCGCCGCUCGUGACGCAGAAGAAGAAGAACUCGGUCAAGGAAACGGACAUUGUCGAGCUCGACUUGCUCGUGAAGCUGUCCAAGUCGGCGCUCGAGUCGCGCCGCGUCCAAGAGAUGGUCGUGUCCAAGGUGUUUGACCUUCUCCAAAAGGAAUGCGACGUCCAAAAGUACUCGAUCGCGUUUCCCGAGUUUGGCGUCCCGCUCCAUUUGGCGUUGAGCAAGUUUGCGACGACGACACCCGUGCCGCAGUGGAAGCGCCUGGCCAAGGGCCUGUGCCAGCAAAUUGAGACCCGCAGCGAAUGGAUCCGCAAUAAGCGCAUGACGUCCGACAUUGCCCCCAAAGACAUGGCACAAAUUGAAGCGUUCUUGGCGGCAGAACGCAAGGCCGCCAUCGCUCAGAUGCUUGAAAAGGAAAAGAAACAGCUUGCAGACAAGGCCUCGCAGUAUGCUCAGUCAUCUCCUGCGUCCAACGCAGGCGCUGUCGACCAAGAUGACGACGAGGACGAGGACAGCGAGAGUGAAGACGAAGUGGCGCGAGAGCCGCCGACUGGAAGUGUCGACGACCCUGAUCACGUCGAAGACAUGGUGUGGUCGGACGAUGAAUAGAGAACGAAUGAAUGAAUUAUCGCUAAGGAGAUUAUGUACCAUCGAGAAGGACGAGCGUGCCGCCGCACCAACGUCUGCCAAGCUGCCGCCGCUGCGUUUCAUGGUCCAGAUUCUCAUUCUCAAGGCUUUGAAAGAUGUCCUUAAAGUAAGGGAAAACGUCGAAUGUGUUAAAAUAUAUUUUGAAAUUA